AUGGAUUCGAGCAGCAAGAGUACUCUUCUUCCAAUGGCUCGGAAGGGCAACGGUUCCAAAGGACAGAAGAUUCAUCUUCUUACAAACCACUUUGAAGUCCACUUAACCAAACCAACCAGUCAAUAUUUCUUCCAUUACGACGUUGCUAUCACGUAUGAAGAUGGCAGUCCGGUUGAAGCCAAUGGCAUUGGCAGAAAGAUUCUUGAUAACGUUGAAAAGAAUUAUCAAACUGAUCUAGGUUCCAAACACUUUGCUUAUGAUGGCGAGAAGAAUCUCUUCACUGUCGGUCCUCUUCCCAGCAACCAGCUAGACUUCACUGUUGUUCUUGUAGACAUGUAUUCGAGCAGAAAUGCUGGGAACAACGAUGGGGACAGUAAAAGAUUAAGGCGUCCUAACCAAUCCAAGAACUUCAAGGUCUCGCUCACCUUUGCAGCAAAAAUCCCUGUCCGAUCUAUUGCUAAUGCUCUUCAAGGAAAGGAAACAGAUCAUCUUCAAGAUUCUACAAGAGUGGUGCUGGAUGUUAUCUUGCGCCAUAACGCAGCUGGGAAAAACUGCCUCCUAGUUCGGCAGUCUUCGUUUCACAAUGAUGCCAAGUUCUUCACCAACAUUGGUGAAGGUGUCGACUGUUUGAAAGGCUUCCAUGCGAGCUUUAGAACUACACAGGGAGGCUUAUCCCUCAAUAUUGAUGUUACGAAUACGUUGACAGUGACUCCUGGUCCUGUCCUCGAAUUCCUUAUUACAAAUCAAGGUAGAGAUGGAAUCUCUAUCGACUGGAAGAAGGCCAAAAGUACUCUUAGAAACCUCAGAAUCAAAGUCGUCACGACAAAUCUAGAGUACAAAAUAACCGGACUAAGCGGACUACGCUGCAAAGAUCAAACGUUUCUUUGGAAGCGAAAGAAAGAAAACGGGGAAGUUGAGGAGACUGAAAUAACAGUGUUUGAUUAUUUUACUCAAUUCCUUAAAAUCAAACUGUAUGACUCAGGUGACUUUCCUUGCAUCAAUGUUGGUAAACCAAAGCGUCCUACUUACAUUCCCAUUGAGCACUGUGAACUUGUUUCUCUACAACGUUAUACAAAGGCUCUUAGCAUAUUUCAGAGGACUAACUUAGUCAACAAAUCUAGACAGAGGCCACGAGAAAAGAUGAAUAUGUUAACCAAUGCUCUGGAGAGCAAUAAAUAUAAUGAUGAUUCAAUGCUGAAAGAAUGUGGUGUGAGAAUUGGCUCUGAGUUCACUCGAGUGGAAGGCCGCAUUCUACCAACACCAAAUCUUAAAGUGGGCAAUGGAGCUGACAUCUUUCCUAGAGAUGGGCGUUGGAAUUUCAACAAUAAGCACUUUGCAGAGCCAGCUACAGUUACUAAAUGGGCUGUUGUGAACUUCUCUGCUCACUGUGACCCGCAUAGGAUUGUUCAUGAUUUGGUCAGAUGUGGAAGGGCUAAAGGAAUUAACAUGGAUUAUCCAUUUGAAACCGUCUUCAAAGAAAACCCUAAGUUCAAGAAUGCACCUGCUUCUGUAAGAGUUGAGAAGAUGGUUGAACAAAUGACAUCGGGACUCCCAGGUGGAGGGAAACCAAAUUUCAUUCUUUGCAUACUCUCUCAAAAGAAAAACUCUGAUGUUUACGGUCCUUGGAAAAAGAAAAUUCUUGUUGAUUAUGGAAUCGUGACUCAGUGUAUUGCUCCUGCCGGCAAUGUAAACGAUCAGUAUCUCACAAAUGUUCUCCUCAAGAUAAAUGUCAAGCUUGGUGGAUUGAAUUCAGUGUUAGCUAUAGAGAGGUCACUAGGGAUCCCUUUGGUAAUGAGAGUUCCUACCAUCAUUAUUGGGAUGGAUGUAUCUCAUGGCUCUCCAGGACAAUCUGAUGUACCAUCUAUUGCUGCGGUUGUGAGCUCGAGAGAAUGGCCAUUGAUCUCAAAAUACAGGGCUUGUGUGCGUACACAGUCUCCUAAAGUCGAAUUGAUUGAUAAUCUCUUUAACCCUGUCUCUGGUACAACAAAGGAUGAUGGUAUUAUGAGGGAGCUUUUGAAUGACUUUAGGUCAUGUUCUAAUAGGAAACCCGAGCACAUAAUCAUUUUCAGGGAUGGUGUGGGUGAAUCUCAGUUUAAGCAAGUUCUUAAUAUUGAGCUGGCUCAGAUGAUGCAGGCGUGCAAGUUCCUCGAUGACACGUGGGAUCCCAAAUUUACAAUGAUCAUUGCUCAGAAAAACCACCACACCAAGUUCUUCCAGGCCGAUAAAUCUGACAAUAAUGUUCCUCCAGGAACAAUAAUUGAUAGCAAGAUCUGUCACCCACACAACAACGACUUCUUUCUUUGUGCUCAUCGUGGAUCGAUGGGAACAACAAGGCCAGUACAUUACCAUGUGCUCUAUGAUGAAAUCGGAUUUUCGACAGAUGAGCUCCAAGAACUUGUCCACUCUUUGUCCUAUGUCUACCAGCGGAGCACAACUGCCGUCUCUCUAGUUGCGCCCGUAUAUUAUGCUCAUUUGGCGGCUGCACAGAUGGGAACUGUGAUGAAAUCUGAGGACUUGUUGGAGACUUUAUCGAGCCACGAUGGUGUCACGACAUCUGGAGCAGUCUAUGUGCCUCCAAUGCCAAAGCUGAACGAGAGAGUUGCUACCUCAAUGUUCUUCUGCUGA